CAUAGACCUGAUUACUACUUCAACCUCGUAAUUAGACCUGGAGUAAUCCUAAAAUUAUGGUUAAAUUUCAGUUUUUCACAAUUUUAGAGGGAAAUUGAUGAUUUCAACAUACUUUUGAGGUAAAAUAAUUAAGCCCAGUAGUAAAAUAAUUACAAAAGAAAAAAAUACAGGAUAAUCUGGCCGACCGACUGAACACGUCCCCCGGUUUACAAAGGCCGCUCAAACCUUUGUCUUGGAGAUGCAAUACGGAGUGUGAGAAUCAAUCUCUACUUAGGGUUUUAGUUUCAGUUUUUAUCUAUCGAACAUGUCCCAAGCCAUCCAUUUCAUGGCUAGCGGUUUUCCAGGACUCGGCCCACCUGACAGCCAAUGUCUUCCAUGUCGUGAAGUUCUUGGAAGUGCUGUUUGUGCCUCGCCGUACCCUUCCCGUAGUCAGAGCAAUAACAGCUUGAAGCUCAAUCAUUCACGAUGUAACACCCGGAAUCCAUCUCUCAUAUGUAGAGCAAGUUCUGGCGGUCAUCGAAGAAACUCUGAUUUCUCAAGACAAAAUAAACAAGGAUCAUUUCGGAAGAGGAAUUGGCAAAAUGAAGAUCGAGAUGGUUAUGACAAUCUUGAAGAAUCUGAUAUGUUAUCUUCCAGAAAUGGGCCACUUCUUUCAGCCUCCGGCAAUUCGAGAUUCCAAGCCACCGCAACUCCUGGACCAAGAGAAAAGGAAAUAGUUGAACUAUUCAGAAAGGUUCAGGCUAAGCUCCGACAAAGAGCAGCGGUCAAGGAUGAGAAGAAGACCGAGGAGUCGCAGAAAAAAGGGAAAGAGAGUGAAACUGUUGAUUCUCUGCUUAAGCUUUUAAGAAAGCAUUCAAUUCAACAAGGGAAGGUAAGUAGUGAUAUCAGCAUCAGCAACAGCAGCGAGUUCAUCUUAGAUCAGCCUGUGCAGAAUGGGCUGAUUUCUGAUGAGAGAAGCAAUACUACGUUCGACUCAAAUAGCAGUGUCACACAUGUGAAACAAGAAAGUGAAGCCCCUAUUAUUAGUCGACCGAGGUCAAGCUUCCAGCGUAGGUCUCCUAUACCUCCAGUGGAAGUUCAGCCUGUGUUCUCUGGUGAAAAUUCUAAGCAGUCUGUUACGCGGGCUAAUUCUGAGAAGAAAAUGGAGACGACUUUGGAGCCUCUAUUUGAUGUUGAACCUGAAGCGGAUCCUCCUUUCUCAGAAGAGGAUGAAUUUGAUGAAAUAUCCGAGGAUGAAAUUUCAGGGAUUUAUGAUGAUGUUGAUGAUGAGGUGGAUGAUGGCAGUGGCAUCGAGGAUGAUGAAGAUGAUGACAAUGAGACCGAUGAUGUACCAGAACCUAUUGCGGCUGAAGAAAGCAACUUAAGUGAAAUGAAGCUAACAGAACUCAGGGCACUAGCGAAGUCCAAGGGGUUGAAAGGAUUCUCAAAGUUGAAGAAACAAGAGCUUAUUGAUUUGCUUGUUGGAGUCUAGAUCUGUUUGAUUUCUGCGCUUACUGGUAUAUUCAACUGUCCCUUUCUAAUUCUCUUCAGGCCACUACAUCCAGAUCUUGGUAGCCUUAAAGUUUGUCAUUUGCGCUCACGUAGUUAAACAUCAUUUUGUUAAACUGAAGACAGUUUUUCAGUAAAUUAGGAUUCAAUGACUUAUUUGCCUCCCGCUCUUUUCCUUCUCAGCAACAUCAUAUGAUGUCUUGCAUGGCUGUAGCACAUUCGAGUGCUUGAUCUUGGAAAAAUAAUAUGCUCUAGUCGUAAUCUGCAGCUGCAUUUCCAGCAUGGUUGCAUAAGAUUUUGGGUCUUCACUUAUGUGUUACAUGUGUAUCUAAGUUAGUAAGAUAAUAUUGUUAUAUUUGCCAGUUUAAUGGCACGCAUUUUUUUCCCCCCUUCUCUCGGUUGUUAGAAGGUGGAGGGGCGCUUAUCCUAAUCAAUAGAUGAUUAAUGAAACUGUCAAAAUCAGGCAACUGAAGAUGAGUUGGCAUUUGGUUCGUGCCAACCUCAGAGGUAGUUAAGUUGACCAUAUGUAGCCGCUAUUUUCUAUUUCCACGAUAUCUUGUUUCUGGAUUCUGGAAUCCUUAGCCAUUCCUGGUAAUAAUAACUCCUC